GUUCAAUGCGCAGAAUGAUGCCAAUCGCACUCAACUGCCAAUUCCAACGAGUGCAACCAGUAGUAAUAGGCUGGCUUGCUAAACUCUUCUACUUUUCAUUUUUUCUCUUUUUCUCUCUAACGUGACUCCAACUUUUAUUUAUCUUAUUUUAAGUGUAAAAAGUACAACACGCAGUGCAGCUACAAAUCAGAUCUCGUGUUUACCUUUCUGCGGGCUUCCUAACCUAGUUUAAACACGUAUUUAUAAUUUUACAAUUGAAUUAACGAUUUAUAAAUAAAUUUGAUGUUUGUACGAAUUACGCAGAAAAAGAAUUGUGUAUUAUAAUACAAAAAGUUUGUGUAUGAUUUUUUGUAUAAAAUAAGUACAAAAUAUACACGUGUGUUUCUUAGGUUAUUUCAGGAAAUAAUGUUAAAAGCAUAUUAGUUAAUACUAAUUAAUACACUUUUGUGGUAACACUGGACGAAAGUCAUUUCAAGAUGUUAAGUCUAGUUUUAAAGCAUGCCAUUACUCCUACAACUUUAUUAACUCAAGUACGAUCUGUCCAUGGGAUAAUUCAAAAAUAUUUUGUACAUGACAAGAAUAUAUUUUCAACAGCAACAGCUAUUAGAACGUUUCUAUCGAGACGCGCAAGACUAUCUAAUAGAGCAACACAACCAAUAAGUGCUCUUAAGUCUAAUGGAUUGGGAAAUAAUUUAUUGGUACGUCGACAAAUGUCACAAUUGGAUAUAAACACAAAUAUAUUAAACAAUGUGCUUUUAUAUAAAUAUGAAAGGAAAGCUUAUUUUCGAAAUAUGAAACUUUUUGGAAUUGGACAAAUGUUUGGUUGGUCAAUAUUGGCUUUUUAUACUUAUAAACCAUCAUUCUGGGAUAUAUUCACCACUGAUAUAAAGUUUAAAGAAUAUCUCUUCAAUCAUAUGUUUCGACUUAGCAUGUUUGUUUUCUCAAUUUUUGCAGGUCCUCUCGUAUUUCUUGCCAUUUAUGCUGCUUGUGCUCGUAGUAUCAAGUAUAUCAUCUUAAAUAAAGGUGGUAAAACCCUUUCAAUUGUUACUUAUCACUUGCAAAAGAAGAAGUCCACUUUUACUGUACCAAUAGGAAUGGCAAAGUGCACCUCAAGCAGACAAAGUCCAGGAGUUCUACCAGUUAAAGUACAAAAUACAUCUUUCUACUACCUGGUUGAUAAGCAAGGCACAUUUAUAAAUCCACAACUUUUUGAUCAUGCAUUCGGAUAAUUAUUUAAUUUUAUAGAUAAGUAGUAUUAUUGUAAAUAUGUUCUCUCGUUAUAAUACAUUAUAUAGGUUUUUUAAAAAAAAAUGAAGUUUUAUCAUAUAUUUAUGAUUUAUGUAUAAAAUAUAAAUACAUACUUAGAACUAUCUCUUAGAGAUUAGAAAUGUUAAUAUAUAUAGAUAUACUAAAUUGCAAAUUACCAAGUUAACGCUGAAA